AGGCAACGCACUUAUUUAAGCAAUAAUUACAAAUAAACAACAUAUAUGUAAAUUCGUUAACAAUCUUAUUUACUAAAUAUUUAAACGUCAACGAGAUAAGAACUACGCGUUUCAUAAUAUUAGGAACAGUACGAAAUCAUGGCUUUACGAGUGACACGACUUUUUUUAAAAACUUACGUUUCAACAAGACAAUAUUCCCAAUUUUAUCCCAUCGAUGAAGCGAUUUUUGGAUUGGAAGAUUAUCAAAUAAAGCUGAGAGAAACAGUAUUCAAUGUGGCUCAAAAUGAAUUGGCUCCAAAAGCUAAGCAAAUUGAUCAAGAGAAUAAAUUUCCUGAAAUGCGACAAUUCUGGAAAGAACUAGGAAAACUAGGAGCAUUAGGUAUAACAGUUAAUCCUGAUUAUGGGGGUGCCGGUGGGACUUACUUAGAUCAUGUAGUAAUUAUGGAGGAAUUGUCUCGGGCGUGUGCCGCAGUGGCUUUGAGUUACGGAGCUCAUUCGAACUUGUGCGUUAAUCAAAUUCACAGAAAUGGAAACGAAGAGCAAAAAAAGAAAUAUUUGCCCAAGCUCUGUUCUGGAGAAUUCAUCGGUGCAUUAGCGAUGUCCGAAUCUUCUUCAGGAUCCGAUGUACUUUCUAUGAGGCUGUCCGCUGAAAAACGAAAAGACGCUUAUGUUCUAAAUGGAUCUAAAUUUUGGAUUACAAAUGGAGAACAAGCAGAUGUUUUGGUGGUAUACGCUAAAACAAAUAAACAAGUCCCAGGAAAAGAUGGAAUUUCGGCUUUUAUAAUAGAAAAAGAUUUUCCCGGUUUUAAAGUAGCUCAGACAUUAGAUAAGCUUGGAAUGAGAGGAUCUAGUACAUGUGAAUUAGUUUUCGAAGAUUGUCAAGUGCCGGUAAAGAAUUUGCUAGGGGAGGAAAAUAAGGGGGUUAAAAUAUUGAUGAGUGGCUUGAAUUUAGAAAGAUUGGUGCUAGCAGCAGGACCUGUUGGUAUAAUGCAGGCUUGCUGUGAUGUGGCGUUCCAGUACGCUCACGAAAGGAAGCAAUUUGGGCAAAGAAUAGGCGAAUUUCAAUUCAUACAGGGAAAAUUAGCCGACAUGUUCCUAAGUUUAGCUGUAUGUCGAAGCUAUUUGUACAAUGUUGCCCGUGCUGUUGAUAAGAAAUAUCACGCAAGUGGAAAAGACUGUGCAGGUGUUAUAUUAUAUUCUGCCGAAAAGGCAACUAAAGUAGCUCUAGAAGCUAUUCAAAUAUUGGGAGGAAAUGGAUAUAUAAACGACUAUCCAACUGGUCGCUAUCUAAGGGACGCUAAAUUAUAUGAAAUUGGAGCAGGAACAUCGGAAGUAAGACGUUUAAUAAUUGGAAGAGCACUAAACGCAGAAUAUAGUUAAUAGUUUUUACUUUUUUUAUAUAAAAAGACAAUGAUGAUGAAAUAUUUUUUUUAAUAAAUAAUUGUUAUAAAAAAAGAACAAAUAAUAAUCAGUAAAUUGUUAAAAUAAACGUAAUGGAAAUAACUAUAGUGGUGGAGAACUACGUUCCAAUAAGUACCUAUGUUUUGCAUAAUUUUCAUUUAAAGGUAACAACCAAUUUAGCCAGAAAAUAAAAAAAUGUCAGUAAUAAUUUUUACCUGUGAAUAUCACUGAACUUUAAUUAGGUAUAUUUUGAAAUUUGCGAUGUAAUACAAACUUUGCUCACCGGUCUUUAUAUAUUUACUUGAUGUGAUAAACAUAAGAAAUGGGAAGUAUAACAAAUAGGUAGCUGUCGUACUAAUUAAUGAUCUUAGAAUUAGUUAUACUGUGAACGUGUGAACAUACUUAUAAAUAUGUUAAAUAGAUUUCAAUAGUGUUAAUUUGAUAUAAAUUAAACAAUGAGUAUGGA